CAGUAGUGGCUUUUGAUGCAGCUGUGUAGAAGAUUGUCUCAUCCUUGAAAAGCUUGGAAAUAACACCCGAGAAAAUAUGCUCUGGGGGAAACAUUAGCAGUUGGGGCCAGCCUUGGGAAACAAUUUCAGUUGAUAGAAUAGGGGUAUUUUUAGAUGGAAGGAGAGCGAAUCCGUGUAUUAGGGCUUUAGGUCUACUGAGCCCUACGAUGGUGGAAUGGGUAUGUGGAGGUCUACCGAGCACGUCUAGUAAGUAGUAGCGAAGAAGAGGAACCAGUCCGGUGUAGAUGUGGUUGUAAAAGUAUUGCAGCUCUGCGACGGGUGGCGGCGACUCGCAGCGAUCAUCAGUGAUUGCACCGUGUUCACGUGAAGCUGGUUGAGUGUUGAGUGUAUGGAAUAGAAGCUGGUUAGGCGCUCAGCUGCUCUUCUAGUAUAGUUGAUCGGAUGAACUCUGGCUGUUGAGGAGCUUCGGGAAAAUUGAUUGGUUUUUUGAGGCUCGCCGUAGAGCAAUAUCGGAGCAGAGGUCUAUAUUCAUCUCUUAAAUGGCAGGUUUUUGGUAUCAGCAGCUCAGUGGAAAAUCGAUCAAGACUAUUGCGCUCUUAGUUCGUUUGAAUUAGUUUGCUACCCACAUUGAAAGUGCGGUUUGACCGGCUUGACCUGCUUCUCUAGUGCCCUUCUCGUGGUCUUCCAGUCCCUUCGACUUCCGUCUUGAUUAGGAUCACCUCGGCUGUUGCAGUAGACUCGGUGUAAGUGUGAGUAAGAAGAAUGAGGGUGGGAAAUGUUUAAAGUCUCGUUGUUGCAAAGUUUAGGAUGGUGGUGAGAAGAUUAGCCGGAGAUACUGGCGAUCCUUGGCAGGAGCCUGGUCGCCGUCCGUGCACGGCUAGUGAACUAGACAUGCCGAGGAGAAGUUGCGACAUUCCAAGUCUUCAUCUCAAUGUCGAUGAACCAAGGUUGCGCAAACCGUUAGUGACCUUGAAGCCAAUCUCUGGGCUUUCAGUUAAGGAUCAAACACAGAAGAGCCAGAAAGUUACUGGAUCCUCGCUAGAGCUUCGUCUUACUCAGAAGUACAUGCAUCAGGCACUGCCGUCGGAAGGAAUUGACAACGUGGCGUCCCGCAAGCCAGUCAAUGGCAAAAAGCUUAUAAAACUUGCUCGGCGUGUGGAACUUGAAAAUGAGGUGGUUGAGUUGCAUCAUCAACUCGAGCAAGAAGUUGAGCUUCACAAUACUUUGAAGAAUGCGCUUUCAGACUCAUCCAGUGCGCAGUUGCCUGACUCAGUUUUGCACGACCUUCCUAAUAACGUCCAGAGGUUGUUGACAGACAUCGCAAUGCUGGAGGCGACUGUGUUAGAUUUGGAAUCUCAAGCAUCCGCCUUACAAUGGGAUCUUGGCCGCGAGCGGACCGAGCGCAAAGGCAUUGAGUACACCCUCAACGCACCUCUGAAUGCGUCGUUGAAACCCCGAUAUGAGGACUCUUCUGCUGCCUCCCUUCCAUCUAGAUCCGCACCGGCACCGUCUGCAAAAUCUCCAGUACGAUCGGCGAAAUCACCUCUACGGGUUGCGAAAUCGCCAACUCUUGCUACAUUGAAGGAGCUUCUACAUGAACCAACUCCAGAACGCGAACAGUCAUUGGCUCCCCCAUCCAAAUCUCCUCGAAAAAGCUUACGGUCCUUGUGGAGCGCCCUGGAAGAUCGCCCCCCAACGUCUUUCCUCCCCAAUUCGAAGAAUGUACCCACCUUGCAGAGAAGUCUCCAGCAGUCAGCCGUGGAGACGACGACGACGACGACGUAUUUCCCGUCAACUGCAGCAGUUGCGCCUCGUACUUCACAUAUAUCUCCACCUUUAUCUCCUAGCACUCCCGCGGAUCAACCGCGUAACAUCACGCCCAUCACUCCAGCACGUGAGCAGGAUGGAGUGCCACGGAAAUCCAUGAAUCCCGCUAGGUUGCUUGUUUCCACCAAGCGUCUCGCCUUCUUGAACUCCUCUAACACCUCUGAUGCGGAGUCACUCAACAAUCGGUCAGCAAAUCCUACUCCCGAAUUCGAGCAACCCACCGACUCCUCACCUCACGAUUACUCCCCUAUCCUUGAUGAAGACUUCACCGAUCAUGUGAAGAUGCCUAAGCUUCGACGAAGUCGAGGAAUGAAACGACAGGACCAAUCCCUUCUUUCUCCUCUCGAUGAUGCAAGGUGGGCCUCGAAUUUCUCAGAAAGCGAGGUCGUGUUGGCGAGCCCCAGGAAGUCUAUCAAGGAUUCUCCUCGCCCAACCGCAGCGGCGGAAGUGGAUGGCUUGUUCUCGGAGCUACUGUCGGAUCCCAAUCGCCUGUCGGAGGAGAUGGUGCGCUGCAUGGUGGAUAUCUACUGUCACUUGGCAGAGCCAAGCGGCGAAUCGAAUUUCUUCCCCGAGUGCCCUCUCUCACCAUGCUCUCACACCGGGCGCCUCUCAACUUCGUCAUCCUAUUCCUCCCAAUCCGAUUCGUCCCUCCCUUCCGGAGCUUACAGCCCCGAGAUGGACCCCGUGCAGUAUGGAGACGUGAUGGGAUCCGUAUCGACGUUGGACCCUUACAAGGCCAUGGGGAAGCUACCGUGGGCUAACAUUGGGCCUUACACGGAUGCUUUCGAGGUACCAUGGCUGUCUGUGGGGAAGGACCAGCUUGAAUACGUCGCGCACAGCCUUGGAAAAUUUAGGUUGUUGGUGGAACGAUUGACAAACGUUGAUCCUUCGACCAUGAAGCACGAACAAAAGUUGGCGUUCUGGAUCAAUCUUUACAACGCUCUCCUUAUGCACGCCUUUCUUGCCUACGGAAUUCCGAGAAGCGACCUCAAGUUCUUCACUCUCAUGCAAAAGGCAGCUUACUGCGUCGGAGGUCACUGGUUUAAUGCCGCCGCCAUCGAGUGCAAUCUCCUCAAAGCCAAAAUCAUGUUGCAUCGACCUCAAUUUGCACUGAUCGUGGCGCUUCACAAUAAGAAGCUGACUGAGGAGCAGAGGCAGUUUGGGAUCGAUCGCGCAGAGCCGAAGGUGAACUUCGCCCUCUCGUGCGGUGGACACUCUUCCCCCAUGGUGCGCAUCUACACUCCCGAGCACAUCCACGAUGAGCUUGAUUGCGCCUUUCAGGACUAUGUGCGCGCCACCGUGGGCAUAACAGCCAAGGGUGGCGUCUUACUCCCCAAGCUCGUCUACAAUUAUGCUCGAGAGUUUGUCCAAGAUGACAUGGUGCUCGAGUGGGCGUGCCGGUUUCUUCCAAUUGCACAAGUGACAGUCAUCUACGAGUGCAUCCAGCAACGCUCUCGCCGCCUGCUGCUCAAUCCUGCCACUUUCUCUGUCGUCCCUUACAGCUUUGCCUUCCGAUAUCUGUUUCAGAAAGCGAUCAGCGGCGCAGCAAGCAACGCUGGUGACUUUGACUUCGCACCCAAAGAUAACAGCCGGCAUCGCUUCUGCACUUAGGCUUCGAAAAGUAAAGCAAGUCGUGGAAAGGUUUUGUGAUCAUAGAUUUACGAAGUUGUGGAUAUAAAAUUUCAUAGAAGAAAGGUGGAUGAGAUCGUCGAUAAGGUGGUGCUCAAUUUUUGUUUACAGCAUCUGAGUUUGUACAGACGAUGACAUUGUCUAUAAGUGCUGAAAAUUCCAAGCAUCAUUACACAGUC